AUGUCUGCUGUGUCACGUAUAGCUCAGACCCUGAGAUACUUUGCCACAGCGUUUUUUUGUUACGUACUCGAAGUAGCAACCUCAUGUUGGCGGACCCUUCGUUACAAGUUACGAAAUGCGAGAACGCCUGCUGACCAACUACGGAGUGACUUGUGGCAUGCAAAAACGUAUAAGGAAUGGGCAGCUAAAGCUCAUGAAUUGGACUUACUUUUAGGAAAUGAUGCAUGGAAAGAAGAUCCAAAUUCACCAUUUUAUGAUAGCGAAUUGAUAAAAUAUCGACUGGAUUAUCUAAAACAAAUACGAAUGAACAAUGAUGUGACAGACAUGAUCUACUUAUUACGAUCAGGCUUGCUACGAAAUUUGGGUGGAUUAAAUGACCCAAAAUUAUUUGAACGAUCAUAUUUAGGAACCAAAAAGCUAAUAGAAGAUUACACCCAGGAAGUAGUACGCCAGCUCGAGUAUAUUGGCAACACAGAUUUGCAACUUCGGUCCAAAAUUGAUUUUUAUUAUGAGACACGACAGAGUUUUGGGUGCACUGCGUUAGUACUUUAUGGGGGUGCUACUUUCGGCCUUUACCAUUUGGGAGUUUGUAAGGCAUUAAAUGAGAAUGGGUUGUUGCCAAGAAUUAUUAGCGGAACUGCGAUUGGCGCUUUGAUUGCUGCUCUUGUUUGUAUUCACACAGAUGAAGAAUUACCGGCUGUUUUUAAACCUGGUGGCAUUGACCUUGGUGCGUUCAGCAGAGUUGGCCAAAAAGGAAACAUCCAGCGAAAAAUUAGUCGAUUCUUGAAGCAUGGUUAUCUUAUGGAUGUCAAGGUUUUGGAAGAAUGUGUGAGAAGCAAUGUCGAGGAUCUCACUUUCGAAGAAGCGUUUGCAAGAACAAACCGAGUUCUCAAUAUCACCGUCUCAUCCACAAGAAAAUACGAAGUUCCUCAACUUCUUAAUUACUUGACAGCUCCAAAUGUCUUGAUACGCAGCGCGGCUCUUGCUUCGGCUGCAAUGAUGGGUCUCUAUAGUAGUGUCGAACUGUUGGCUAAAGAUAAAACUGGCGCUAUUGUGCCUUGGGCGCCCACAAGCAAUGAAUCCCCAUUCCAAAGAAUCACCGAACUAUUCAACGUGAAUCACUUUAUUGUGUCCCAAGCAAAUCCAUAUAUUGUUCCGUUUAUGCCACAAGAGCCAAUGUCACGAACCGGAAGAAUUUUGUACAAAUGUGGUCAUUUUAUCUCAUCUGAAUUUAGACAUCGAAUAUUGCAGUUGGAGCAUAUGCGGUUAAUUCCAAAGUUACUUCGAGGCAUGGUUGACGAUAAAGUAUCAGGAAACGUCACUAUAGUACCACAUCUCUCUUUUAAGGACUUUAAAGAGCUUUUCUCAAAUCCAACUGCUGGUUCCUUAGACUCCUGGAUUCUGAAAGGCGAACAAUCUACAUGGCCAGUAUUAGCAUUAAUCAGAAAUCGGUGCAUGAUAGAGCUGGCUCUGGAUCGGACUUAUAUUAACUUUAAAGCUGCAUCGAGUGAACGUGUAAUUCAGCAUGACUCGAAUCAAAAUGAUACCAGGGAAAGAAACGGACCGAGAAAGCGGACAAAAUCUAUGCAUUGA